AUGACAAAGGGACAUAUUAGGGCGUUAAUAACCGGGACUUCGGGUAAUUUGGGAAUAAAUAUUGCCAAGAGACUCAUUAAGGAAGUCCCUGCAGAUAUUAGACUUACAAUUAUUGUCACAUCACGAACACUAGCAAAUGCGAAUCAAACUAUAGCGCAGUUGAACGAGUACAAUCUGCAAGAGGUUAGGAGAGAAGGAGUGCUAGACUUCGAUUAUUCGUUGCUGGAUUUCACCGAUAUGGUGUCAAUUUUAGCUGCUGUUUACGAAUUGAGCAAAUCUCAUGAAUGCCUUGAUUAUGUCUUUCUUAAUGCAGCCCAGGGCGUUUACGAUGGAAUUGAUUGGAUUGGUGCAACAGUUGAAUGUUGUACAAACCCAAUCAAAGGUGUCACUUACCCAACCUAUAAGAUCCAAAGAGUUGGUGUGAAGUCCAACGACGGUUUAGGGUUGGUUUUCCAAGCAAACGUUUUCGGCCCUUACUAUUUCAUCCAUAAGUUGAUCCAGUAUAAAAUGUUUGAAAAAUCUGUUGAUGCAAGGAUAAUUUGGAUAAGUAGUGUCAUGUCUAAACCAUCAUACUUAUCGAUGGAUGAUCUACAACUAUUGAAAUCACAUGAAAGUUAUGAAGGAUCCAAGAGAUUAAUUGAUUUGAUCCAUUUAGCAACAUAUGAGAAACUAGAAAAACAAUACGGUAUAAAGCAGUACCUAACACAUCCUGGUAUUCUAACAUCGUUUUCAUUUUUCAAGUUCUUGAAUCCAUUCACUUAUUAUGGUAUGUUGCUUCUCUUUUACAUUGCCAGAUUAUUAGGUUCACCUUGGCACAAUAUCCAUGGUUGGAUCGCAGCAAACUCUCAAAUCUUCACCUCUCUAUAUGCAAAUCCAAGCGAUGAUUUGCAGAAUGUUAAAUAUGGUAGUGCCAGUCGCUGGAAUGGGAGGGAGUAUAUUAAAAUUGAAGAGAUUGAUCCUACUGGCAAAGAAGAUGUCUUGAAGUAUUUUGAAGUUUUAACGUCCGAAUGGGAUCUAAAGCUAAAAGACCAGAUAGUGAACACUAGAUGCUCUAGUUUCAGUGAUUUAAUGGAGACAAAGUAA